AACACGCGCAGGAACACCCCAGCUGGUAGCGACAUACCAAUCUCGGCUGCGAUGUCCGCACCGGUCGCUCAGGAAGAGCUGCCUAUCCUGGAGGCGGUCAUCAACAUCCGGAACCGUCUGACCGCGCUCAAGAAGAACAGAGGCGAGUUCAUCAAGUCCGCGGACGUGAACCAAUUGUACCAGGCGAUCGUGAAGCAAGUCACCCGUCUGAAUGAAGUCCGCGACGAUCACACUACAUACAACAACCGCCUAGACACGACCCUUGCCGAUGUCUUCAACCUCCUCUCCCUCUUCUACCUCACCAUAGGCCGGACGCGCGAAUGUCCCGCUACUUACAGCCAAAUUGCCAGCAUGCGGCAAAUCCUCAUCCACAUGGACGAGUCUGGCAUCUACAACGAAUCCGACCUCAACCCCUUCCACCGGCGUCUAUCCGAGCUACGAAAUAUCGUGCACCAUGACAUGGAAAGCGGCAAGCAUCCUCCAGCCAUGACCAAGCUGCUGGACCGGCAACUCAACGAAUGUGACAACCUGUUGCACAAGCUGCAGGACUCGCUCUCCGUUCUCUCCCCAGAGCUCAUCCCCAUACACGAACGUCUGGUGAACAUUCGACGGCAGCUCGUCGCGCUAGCAGCGAAGGAGACCGCGCGAGAAGUAGACGCCGCGGACGCACACGCGGAAAAACUCGAAGACCUUAAAGGCAACAGCUCGGCAUCAAGCCAAGACAGCGAGUCGUCAGAGGCCGAAUCGAAAACGCCGACGCGGGAGAGCACGCCAAAGCCGGAUGGUCACCGCGAGAAGGAAGGCAAGGACGGCAAGGAAGGCCUGCGGGUAAAGGCCGAAUUGAAGCCUAUCCAGGAAGAGCUGCGCAGGAUUGACUCCAAACGCGUGGAUGGGAAGUUUUUCGGGCCAGGAGGGACCGUACCCGCGUCGCAAGCAGUAUGCUCGUCCUUGCUCGAGGACUGCUUCGACAUCGUGCAGGAGAUCCGAGCGCAAGACGAGUCGAAGAACGUCGCAUCGUCACUGCGGCCGAUAUAUGACCGUCUGAGCGAGAUCCGGAAGGAGCUUGAGCAGCUCGUCCUCACGCACCGGUGGAGUCUCCGGGAGACGGACCUGUGGAACUACAGCCUCAGUCUGCAAGAGAUCGACAAGAUGCGCGUAGACGGCAAGUUCGUCGACGCAGAGGGCAAUCGGCCAGAGGGCCAAUAUGUUCUCCUGUACCUUCUUCGGCGAUGUUACGGUUUAAUUUACCGGCUGCUCUCCUCGAGCGAGCCGGUCUCCGAGGAAUUGAUGCCUAUCGCGAACAAGUUGUCCACUGUGAAGAAAUGCCUCAACGAGGUGUUGAAGUACGGCGGCCCCUUUAGCCCUCGGGACCUAUACCCGUACCAACUUGCGCUGCAUCAGAUCGACUCUAUGCGGAAGGAGGGCAAGUUCGUCGGCGUGGACGGGACGAUCCCCGAGGGACAGGGCAUCGUCAUGGCCCACCUGAACGAAUGCCACGAGCUCCUCGAGAUGCUCAAGGAGUCUAUGGAGGACCCCGAAGAUGAGGAAUACGUCGACGAGGACGACUACGAUUUCAACGAUCCGUCGGACGAGGACCCGGAGGACGAGGAAUAGGAAGUCGCGCGCAGCAUCUCUCUGUUAGGAGGCGAUCGCGAGCUAGAUGCGGUGGAUGGCGGGUUUGCCCUAGAUGCGGGGACUGCACGUUGCGCGGAGGGGCGUCGGCUAACAUAUCUGUAUGAGUGGUACCGUUAUACUAGAGGACCUGGACAGCGCUGGAAUUUGCAAAAUGAAUGCGUCUAUAAUUCCCCC